AGUGGCAGCAGCCACUACACAUCACUCUGAGGCUGCCAGCUGCCAGCUACCACAGCCACGUCUCGUUUCCUCCCAUCAGCCCGAGUUUCACCACCUUCACUCACCCACCGGUCUUCAGUCCAGACACUUACCAGCCCAAAGCCAAAGCAUGGAGAUGUUCUGUCCGACCCAAGCCUUCUGCACCUCCUCCCCCGAGGACCUGGACUUCGGGCCCUCAGGAGAACUCACCGGGUCAGAGGAGGACGAGCACAUCCGGGCCCCUGACGGCCUCCACCAGCCCGGCCACUGCCUCCAGUGGGCCUGCAAGGCCUGCAAGCGCAAAGCCAGCACUGUGGACCGGCGGAGGGCCGCCACCAUGCGGGAGCGGCGCCGGCUCAAGAAGGUCAACCACGCCUUUGAAGCGCUACGAAGAUGCACCUCGGCCAACCCCAGCCAGCGGCUGCCCAAGGUGGAGAUCCUGAGGAACGCCAUCCAGUACAUCGAAAGCCUGCAGGAUCUGCUGAGGGAACAGGUGGAGGAAUACUACAGCCUGCCCACAGAGAGCAGCUCCGAACCUGCAAGCCCAUCAUCAUCCACCUGCUCAGACAGCAUGACAGACUGCAGCAGUCCCGCUUGGUCUCAGAUGACAUUAACCCCCAGCAGCUCCUACAGCUACAACCUCCAGACUGUUAGCGGAGUGGACAGGGCUGUGGGAGCAUCCAGUCUGCAGUGCUUGUCCAGUAUUGUGGACAGGCUGUCCUCGGUGGACGCUGGGAUUACUGUGGGGAGGAGGAACAUGGAGGCUCUGUCACCGGCACACAGCGACUCCCAGUCCAGCACUCCGGACAGUCCCGGCAACCGGCCCAUCUAUCACAUCCUGUGAGGAGGGGGGCACUCCGGACCUCCAGGACACUUGGUCACAUGAUCCGAACAACCAGCAUGCUAAUCAAGCUAAAUCUCAGCUUCCAUGUUAUGUACACAUUUUCUGUACCGGCUUUUCACCGACAGAUCCUUUCUGUGUCAUUACCUUUUAUGUUCCAGUGAUAUUUUAUAUUAAUUAAGUAUUCAAACAAUAACAUGAACUUUGUUCUGUGCUGGUGGUAACUCCUGUACUUCCUUUUUAUUGUAAAUAUGAUUUGUAAAUACUGUAUGUAUUUUAAAUUGCCAUUACUGUACGCAGUUAAUGCCGUUGUAUUGUAUUUAAAUGCUUUCUUAUGUCAAGUAUGAGUAGUCAACUUAUUGUAUUUAAUAAUCAACUUAAAUAAUGAAUAAAUAAAUAAAUGAUUUUUUUUUUAAA